UUGUCCUCCCUUCAUCUUUUCUAAACCGAUCCGACAUUAAAAAGAAUGGCGUUGAACAGUUCAGCGUACGGUCAUAGCGUGGGUCCAUAUAUUGUUCCAUUUGUCUGUUUGUUGAUCAUAGCCAUGGAUCUCACGGCAGGAAUUCUUGGCAUUGAGGCCGAGGUAGCUCAAAACAAGACGCAGAAUCUAAGAGUGUGGGUCAUUGAGUGUAGGGAUCCAAGUUAUCAAGCAUUUAAGCUCGGGUUCGUAGCUGCAGUACUUUUGGCAUUCGCACACGCCAUUGCAAACUUGUUUGGUGGCUGCCACCUGGCAUUGUCCAGACCAGAACUGGACCGAGCCACCUCUAACAAACAAUUAGCCAUGGCUUCACUCAUCUUAUCAUGGAUUACAUUACUCAUUGGCUUCGGAUUGCUAAUUGCUGGAGUCAUGGCUAACUCGAGUUCAAGAAAAUCAUGUGGAGUUUCAAAUCAUCGUUACCUGUCCAUUGGAGGCAUUGCAUGCUUCAUUCAUGGCAUGUUGGCAGUUUCUUACUACAUUUCCGCAAGUGCUGUCAAGAAAGAAGAAAUGAUGAUGAACCCACACGGACCAAUGAUGAACCCACAUGGGCCGAUGAUGAUACCACCUGGACCGAUGAGGAACCCACCUGGGCCAGUGCACCAGGCUGCACCAUCAGCGCCUGUUUGAGAAAUUAAUAUAAUCUAAUCCAGAUAUCUUUGUUUUUUUUUUCUAAUUUUUUGUUGUAUAUUUAUCACCCAAAAGGCAAUCCUUUUCAUUUAUUCUUGAAUAUCGCAUGUUAUUUGAUUUUCCUAAUGAAACGCUAGCAAAGAAAAUGGAUGUAGGCAGAUUGUUAAA